AUUAUUAAGCAAAAGUCUCUUAAAAUUGAUAAAGAACUGGAAAUAUCAGAAAGCAAAACAAAGGACUUACAAUUAAAUAUUCAGAAAUUUACUUCAAAAUUGGAAUUACUAAAUGAUAAAAUUUAUAAAAAAAGGAUACACCAUGACUUUGAAGAGACUGAAUUUGAGCAUGAACAGACAGAGUACAGUGAACUACUCAAGGAUUUUGAGCUUGGGAUUUUGAAAUUGGAAGGAGCAAUCACGGAACUUAUGAAUGAAAUUGAUCUUAACAAAGAUUUAGUUAUAGAUAAUCAUAGAGAAACAUUAUCGUGGGAAACAAAAUAUAAAUUACUUGAAGAAACCAUUCAAUGGUCAAAGUCAGAGCGAUCUUUAGACGGUGAAAUCGGUGUUAUGAAAACUGAAAUUCAUCGUAUGAAUAUUAGAUAUGGUCAACUUAAACGUGCCCAAGAAAGACUUGUUCAAGAUCUGGAACAUUGUGUUAUGCACCGGGAACAAAUUUUUGUUAAUGCAACAACUAAAGAACGUGUUAAAAUCAAAACUAAAAAAUUAAAAAACGCAUCUCAAACUCAAGUACGUUUAGACGAAGUUCACAAUAGAGCAAAGUUAAUUCGGAAUGAAAUAAUUUAUUUAUCAGAAAAACGCUUAUUAGACGAUGUUAAUAAAAUUGAACGCAUGAUUUACAUGUUGCGCAGAAUUCAAUCUGACCUUAAUGAUAUAAUUAAAGAAGAUGCUUACAUAGAAGAGCGCAUAGAAGAAUGCAUUUUGGCUAAGCAUGCUAACUUGGAACAAAUUAUAAGAAAACAAACACGAGCAAAGGCGUAUCGGAAGCUUAAUAUUUUAAAAUCUCCGCAGAAAACAGCUCGAUCAGAAAUGACAGUCAAACAACAUUCACAAAGGCAAAGCGAAUUAAAUGACACCCUUAUGGAAGUCGUGCACACACUUAUAGUAGACUACCCAAGUAGGAAAUCUUUUUUUUCAAAAGUAUUUCAUGUUCUUAAAGAAUAAUAUUAAA